UCUUACAUGCAGAAAGAACGCCUCAUCACGCAUCGUCAUUGUACCUUUAUCACUAAAACAUUCAAUAAUACUGUACUAUACUAUUUCAUACCACACGCCACCGCACUACGACGUCGGAAAAUGAGCGGCUCCAUACGCACUUACCGGACAUGUGCUGCAUCAUGCACGAGCUGCUCGUAUGCGGAAGAGGAACUCUCUGGAGUAAUCUACGUCAAAGGAUUGGUCGAUCAACCAACGCCACGCGCGUCUUAGAGCAUGAUGAAGUUUUGUAUCGAUAGUGGAUUGGUUUGGUCUGAAGGCAUGCACACACACACACACACACAAUCUGCAGAAGGGAAGCGUCGAGGGAUGCAAGACCAUGCAUAUAUAGGAUCGUCGAAUCUCAGCUUUUCUUCUUCCUUGCAAGCUGCAACGACAACAUCAUAUAUUCAUCAAGAUGUUCAAUAAACUUAGCACCACUGCGGUGCUCCUCUCGAGCUCAUCGCUCUUGGUCUCGGCCUUUCCUCACAUCGCUCAGCUUGUCGCUGAACAGCAGAAGAGACAAAUUGGUCUUCCUGCUGUACCGUUCCCAGAAUGGCCCGGUCUGCCGACUCACGCUCUCUACAACAAAUUCGAUGCCGCCGCUCAGCACGUCUCGGUUUCUGGCAAGCAUGAAUAUCGUGCUCCUGGCCCCGGGGACAUCCGUGGACCUUGCGCCGGAUUGAAUGCUGCCGCGAACCACGGCUACAUUCCCCGCGACGGUAUCGCCACCGCCGAAGCCAUCAAUACCGGCCUCUGGGAAGCUUUUGGCCUAGAUGCCUCCGCCACCCUCGUCCUCCAAGCCGCAACAAUGUUCUUCGACGGCGACCCGCUCUCCGGUCGCUGGAGCAUCGGCUAUCACAGCGACAAAACAAACUCCCUGGGCCUCGUCGGCGAUAUCCUCGGGAACCAAACCGGUAUCUGCGCCUACGGCCAUCUUAAGACUGAAGGCGACGCGUCAAUCACCCGCGGCGAUUGGCUCGCACCGACCCAGAACAGUAAUUGUGCUUCAUACCCGGAAUUUGCCCAGGAACUGCUCGACCUUGCAAAGGUGCGCACGGGAGGGAACAUUACCCCCCAAGUCCUGGCCGAACACAGCCACAACCGCAAACAACACUCCAUCGCGACCAACCCCAACUACUUCUCCCCGGCCUACGCCGGCGUAGCCUUCACUUUCGGCGCACACAUGUUCGCCUUCGAGCUGCUCGCCAACCACUCCACAGCGGAUCCCCGCGGCGUCCUCACGCCCGCCGUCUUUGAGGCCUUUUUCGGCUACACGCGCGACGCAGACAACAAAUUGGUCUUCACCUACGGCACAGAGCGCAUCCCGGAGAACUGGUACCGCCGCGCCCACGACGACGCCUGGACGCUCGCCGACAUCGGAAUCUCCACCGCCCAGCAAUGCGCCUCCUACCCAUCGAACUGCCAGGUCGGCGGAAACACCGGCACGGUGAAUUCCUUCGCGGGCGUCGACGCCGGCGACAUCACCGGCGGUCUGCUCAACAGCUUCGAGGAUCUCACCGAUCCGGACCGAUUGCUCUGCUUCAUGGCUCAAGCCAUCCAGGCUGAUGUCCCCAGUUUCCUGGACAAUGUCUUCAACGGGGUGAUUCUGCAGAGCGUGCUGGAACUUAUCCCGACGGUGCUGGUGCCUGCGCUCAAGCCGCUCAUGUUGACUUGCCCGAAUUUGCCGCCUGGAAAGAGUGUGACCUCUUAUGGAAGCAAUUAUCCCGGUGUCAAGGCGAAGUUGUCGGGACAGAGGAACCCUUACAAAUAGAUGAAUGUUCGGAUGGAAUGGAAAGGAGUAUUGUUCGAAGGAAAUGGGAGCUAUUGUAUUAUCGGCGGUCCAGAAAAUGAAGAAAGAAAAAUGAAACGACUAUCAUAAGAUG